UGCGGGCGGGCCGUCGUGGGCGCAGCUCGGGGCGGCUGGGGAGCCUGUGCGCGCCGGGGCCGCGGCCUGCGGGGGGCUCCGGGCCGGCGACCGGAGGGAAGUGGGGCGUGCGGAGCGCGGCCGCGCCGGGGCGGGGUGGGCGGAGCCGGCGGCGGCGAGCAGGGACCGAGGGGCCGGCCGGCGGGCGCUGUGUAAUGUGCAGGCUCAGAAAUGCCUUAUGUGGAUCGCCAGAAUCGCAUCUGUGGUUUCCUCGACAUCGAAGAAAAUGAGAACAGCGGGAAGUUUCUCCGCCGGUACUUCAUCCUGGACACCACGGAGGACAGUUUCGUGUGGUACAUGGACAACCCGCAGAACCUGCCUUCCGGAUCGUCCCGCGUUGGAGCCAUUAAACUCACCUACAUUUCCAAGGUUAGCGAUGCAACCAAGCUGAGGCCAAAGGCUGAGUACUGUUUUGUUAUGAACGCAGGGAUGAGGAAAUACUUCCUACAAGCCAAUGACCAACAGGACCUAAUAGAGUGGGUGAAUGUGUUGAACAAAGCUAUAAAAAUUACAGUACCAAAGCAGACCGACUCCCAGCCUCAUCCUGACCAUCCGAGCCGCCCGGGGGAGUGUGGGAAGAAGCAGGUGUCCUACAGGACCGACAUCGUCGGCGGGGUGCCCAUCAUCACCCCUACGCAGAAAGAAGCCGGCGAGUGUGGCGAGAGCGUGGACAGGACCCACCUGAAGCGCUCCCAGAGCCACCUCCCUUACUGCUCGGCCAGGCCGCCGCCUGACAGCGCCGUCAUCAAGGCCGGCUACUGCGUGAAGCAAGGCGCCGUGAUGAAAAACUGGAAGAGAAGAUACUUUCAGCUGGAUGAAAACACGAUAGGCUACUUCAAGUCCGAACUGGAAAAGGAACCCCUCCGUGUGAUCCCACUUAAAGAGGUUCAUAAGGUCCAGGAAUGUAAGCAGAGUGACAUCAUGAUGAGAGACAACCUCUUUGAAAUCGUCACGUCGUCACGAACUUUCUACGUGCAGGCCGACAGCCCUGAGGAGAUGCACAGUUGGAUCAAAGCCGUGUCUGGGGCCAUCGUGGCGCAGCGGGGACCGGGCCGGUCAGCGUCUUCUAUGCGGCAGGCCCGAAGGCUGUCGAGCCCGUGUGUUCAGAGGAGCAGCCCGCCGGCCCCGCCGAGCCCCGGCCCCUGCGCGCCGCCGCCGCCGCCGCCCGCAGCCACUCUCUGGCCUCCAGCCUUGCCGUGGAGAAGCGAGGAUUUUACGAAUCUCUUGCCAAGGUCAAGCCAGGGAACGUCAAGGUCCAGACUGUCGCUCCAAGAGAACCAGCUUCCCAAGUGACUGAGCAAGCGCUGCGGAAAGCACGGUGGGCCCGCGGCCCCCGGGAGGACGGCCGGGAGCCCGUGGACUUGGACGACGCCAGCCUGCCCGUGAGCGACGUGUGAGCCGGGCGCGGGCGACCCGCCCCCGGGACCUUCUAGCCAAAGAUGCCAGAGGGCGGAACGGUGGCUUCCCGCGCUCGGUCACACUGCCUCUGAGGUGUCGCCUUCUCUCAGCUGGCAAACCAAGAAUCCAGGGCGCGGCCGAACCAAAUGUAAUCUCCUGGGAAACAGGAAAGAAAGGCAAAAACCCAAGCGUCCCCGUGUCAGUUUCGCGUGUGUUCUGAUUUGGGGGUGUGUGUUCAUGUGUGUGCGCGCGCGCGUGUGUGUGUGUUCCUAGUGAAUUUGAACAUUUAAGUGUCUUAAUAUUCAAAAUGCUUAUUAAUUAUUUUGGUCAUCUAUAAACUGCUACUCUGACUUCCCGUUAGGUGUUUACUCUCUAGACGUGCUUCCUGGCUGAUACUGUCGAAUGGGACAUUGCAGGGGGAGAGCGGGAGACGCGCCCUGUCUGAGGUGCUGUAAAACCGAGAGAUGACACAGACUCUGGAGAUCGUGACUGUUUGGGGUGCCGUGGGUCGAGAGGAGGGUGCAGAGUUUAGCACCAGGGGUUUUAUUUGACUGUGGGCUGCACGGCGGGGAGAGAAAAGGGAAAAUUAGGAUUUCAGGAGCUGCAUCUCGGGAAUGUCUGGUCAACACCUGCAGCCGUCAUUGCGUGAAAAUUGUUUCCGUGUGGAAUUUCCGGAAGAGGCUUCUCUUACCGGAUUCUGUCGGCAGGCCUUGUCCCAGCCCCAGACCCCCCAGGUGAGACGUGGCGUCCUGCAUCAGACCCCCCGGUGGCAGCCCUGCCGUGGGGCCUCCCCUCACCCCCUCCAACCUAGAUUCAAGUGCCUGUCGCAGAAUCUUGGUUGGGCAGUUUUGAGAAUCCUGGGUUCGAAAGCUUCACUUGACGGGUCUUAGACAUCAGGAUAAGAUUAAUUUUCAGUAACUUAGUUGACCGUGACAAAUGGGUCGUUUUAUGUCAGGUGCCAGGGCAUCGAUCUCCUGCUCCCUGUGCAAUAUGUACGUGUUGAAACACCCAACUCCAGCAGAGAGCCGCUCCCGGGGCUGUCACGCAGACGCGCGUCUCGGGGCAUUCUUCAUCCCCGGCUCGCGCCCACAGCCCUCGCUGAGCUAAGUGUCGCGUGUGCGGUUCCGUCUUCUUAAACUCGCUUAAGAGAACAGUCUCGAGUUUCACAUGCUGCUAUUUUUACAUUUUGCUAUUUGACAGUACUGUUUUGUUUUGAGUUCUGCACAUCGCCGUGGUUUCUCCUUUUCAUUUUCUACAGUGAACUGCACGUCCAGGGAAAAGAGAUUUUUUUCCCCCUGCAGAGGGGGGCCCGGAGGUCACGGUCCCCUGGGCUCCAGUUCCCUGGCAUCCGUUCCCAGACCCCCAUGUGGCGAGAAUGCACCACUUAACUUUUUAAAUUUUUUUUCUUAUAAGCUAAUAGUUUGAAAGUUAUAUUUACAUUCUGUUUUCCUGUGUGCAUCCACAUUUGAAACCGGCGGAACGGAAAAGUGGAGGCAGUGACUUGUGCUGACACACCCGUGGAUGUGGCUCUUUCACGGGGACGCCUUGAGCCCCGGGCCGGCCGUUCGUGACGGUCGGGAGCCUUGCGCUCUUUUCCUUGGUACCGUUUCCACACUGCAUGUGCAUUUUAGCCUAUUUUGGUAUUGGUGAUUUGAUAUUUUUAACGGUGGCCAAAUAAAUACUAGCUCUAUUUUGGAAUUUUUUUAUAGACGUACCCCCUGUAUUCCGCAGCCGAGGAAAAAGGGUUUUUUUUUGUGUGUGAUUGUCAGGGUCUCCUAAUAUUUAUCUCGAUACUUUUAUAAUUCUAUGAAAAUUAUUUAAUUAUUUUAAGACUUAUACUUUCUGUAAAUAUGUCACAUCUGAGUUAUCAAAAAGUUCCUUUGAACACCUUAAUAUUUGCUGCAGUUUUUGUUUGUGUAUAUGACACGUCUUCUUUUGGAACGGGGGAUAUUCAAGCGCUUCCCACUGUUUACGCCUGUUAUCUUCAUAUGUCAAACACUGUAAUGAAUUGAGAAUAAACUGCUCAAAAUUGGUUCUCA